UGACGAGCUAUGCAUACAAUCUCCGACAUUCAGCUACCUUCCGAGCUCGUAGACAUUAUUAUCACAGAAUUCUGGUACUCCGAGCAUCCUUCAAGCGGACGAAUUACCUUUAUGAAAGCCUGCCCUUUUAUCAACAGCAUUUGGAGGGACGUCUACGCACGUAUCACUUCUCGAGACAUCUACGUCCCUACGGCCGCAUAUCUACUAUAUCUCAGCUCUAUCAUCCCAAGGGACGAUUCCCCAAUUUAUGGUCGCCUUCCUUCCGAUUCCACUCGUACCAUAACUUGCUAUGUCGAUCUCACAAAUUCGACGGAUGACGCUGCCAAAGACCCCUAUUCAGUUUUCUGCAGCCUGCCCAACUAUCUCGGCUUUCGCAGAUGCUUUUCCAGCAUCGAGUGAAUCAAUCUCCAAAUCAAGUUUCGUAUGGGAUGCCAUUGGUGGCUGAAUCGUCACCAACUGUUCCGAACUCAAGUGUCUAUAAAGCUCAAUGAGGCGACAUCAUCCUUGAGUGUGCUGCCUGUGGACUGGAGCGUUGUUGUAUAUGAUCCACCAGAUGCCGAAGAAAUCGACCCUAUCAGUCUUCAAAGGUCUUGGGGUACCAUCAUUGCAGGAAUCAGGUCAGACAUGGUCCAACCUGUCCACAGCUUAGGAGGGAUAGGGCGCGCAAUAAAAGGAUCGACAUAUCAUCACUGCGCGCGCCAUUUUCAUGAUCGUUUUUGCAUCUCAGAGAAAAAGGGUGACCUACGGUUUAUAAAUUUAUACAUCGGGACGGCCACCCGUAGACCUUUGAAUUUCAGAAAUAUCCUUUCUGAAAUUUACGGGAUCAUAAUCUUCGCCUUUACCGUUUCUUGUGCUGACGCGAUUGAACGUCAUUCAUGGGAUCACGUCCUAGCACAGAAGACAGUCUGAGACCUUUCCCAUAAGUUUUCCCUGUGUACUAGAGCAUCUUACUUGUGUAGGCUACCCCACUCUGACGCAGGUUCUGGAUCACGACUGUCGACAGUCAGGGAAUUUGUUGUAGCUGUCGGGUACGGGCGAGCGCCUGGAUGUUUCAGGCCUUAAGGACAAUGAUUCAGGAAGACAAUUGGUGGGAUAAUGUGGGGAACGAAUAAUCAGGAAGCAUCUCGAUCUUCAGUGGUCGUCAUUGUUUGUAUCUAGACAUGAGGCCUGAGGUCCCGGUUAUCAUCGAUCGAAGGUCGCCAAAUGAAAACAGC